AUGAGCACGGCGACUUGAGCUCCGCCGCGACGCGCCGGCUCUGGUGGGCUCUGGUGGGCUCUGAUGGGCUCCGGUGAGCUCCCCGCGGCGGACGACGAUGCUGAAGGCCAAGAUCCUUUUCGUGGGGCCCUGCGAGAGUGGAAAAACCAUUUUGGCUAACUUUCUGACAGAGUCUUCUGAUAUCACUGAAUACAACCCAACCCAAGGAGUGAGGAUUCUGGAAUUUGAGAACCCCAACGUUACCAGCAACAACAAAGGCACUGGGUGUGAAUUUGAACUAUGGGACUGUGGCGGGGACACAAAGUUCGAGUCCUGCUGGCCGGCCCUGAUGAAGGAUGCUCACGGAGUGGUGAUCAUCUUCAACCCUGACAUCCCCAGCCACCGGAAGGAAAUAGAAAUGUGGUAUUCCUGCUUCGUCCAGCAGCAGCUCUUACAGGACACUCAGUGCCUGUUAAUUGCACACCACAAACCAGGCUCUGGAGGUGAUAAAGGAAAACUGUCUUUGUCACCACCCUUGAACAAGCUGAAGCUGGUGCACUCGAAUCUCGAGGAUGACCCUGAGGAGAUCCGGAUGGAAUUCAUAAAAUAUUUAAAAAGCAUAAUCAACUCCAUGUCUGAGAGCAGAGACAGGGAGGAGAUGUCAAUUAUUACGUAACCAGCCUUCAUCUGGGACUUCCACAUCCCAAAUGAAAUCAACAUCUUUCCCAGUGCAGAUCUGAAAUCACAUCCAGCUACUGACAUUUUCUUCCCCUGUGCCUAUAGAAGAAAUUUUCCUAUCUGCUAGAAGGUACCAGUCAGCUAGAGAGUUGAUUCAUACCAUCUAUUCUCUGUCCUUGGUUCAGCUGAGAAAAAUCCUAUCAUUAAAUUCUGAAUUCCUGGCCCCAGACCAUUCCAAAGCUAGAAAUUUGAGGGGUUUUCCCCUCCUUCACAUAUGUCAAGUUAUAAAACUUGUGGAAUUGUAACUAUCAUAGCCCAAUGGGACAACAGUAGUUUAAUC